CGGAGCAGAGCUGCAGGUCAAUGAUCUCUGAUUAAUAUCAAUGUAUUAGUUCUCUCCUCGAAAACACCCGCAGCAGAUGAGACAGGCUGCCUUUCUCUCUUUAUUUUUUUGCAUUUGUUUUAUAUUCUGGUGCUAAUUUGUUUUCUAAAACGAACCAUGGAUCAGUUUCGGGGUUUAUUUGUUAAACUGGAUCAAAACAAUGAUGGAUUCAUAUCAGUGGAGGAGCUCCACAACGAGAUGAGGAAGCAUGGGGUUCUCUCAGCGGAUGGCAAGGUCCAGAAUAUCAUUGAUUCUUAUGACAGAGACAAAGAUGGCCUGCUGGAUUAUAAAGAGUUCCUCAGCUACAUGAUGGACAGAGAGAGGAAAUGGAAAAUUUACUUCCAUGACCUUGACAAGAACAAGUGUGGAGUGAUUGACCAGGACGACAUCAUAUGUUUGUUUAAGGAGUUAGGAGUGGUCAUAUCAAAGCCGAAUGCAAAAAAAAUUAUUCAAAUGAUGGACAAGGACAGCUCGAUGACAGUGGACUGGGGCGAGUUCCUGCACCACGUCAUCCUCAACCCUGUGGACAACAUUGGGGAGCUGGUGUCCUCGUGGAAACACAGCCUGGUUUUCGAUGUGGGUGAGAGUCGUGCAAUGCCCCUUGAGUUCCCUGAGGAGGCCUCUGGUUUUGGUGCAUGGAGAACGUUUGUUCUCGCAGCCGGAUUGGCUGACGCCGUGUCCCGAAGUGCGACGGCACCCAUCGACCGCCUUAAAACACAACUUCAGGUUCAUGGAUCCAAGGCCUUCUCCCAAGGCUUCCAGGAGAUGAAGGCAGGGGGUCUGCGGUCGAUGUGGCAAGGCAACGCUGUCAACGUGCUCAAGGGAACGCCACAGUCGACGCUACAGUGCCUCAUCUACGCCCAGAUGAAGGUGUACACCCAAAACAGAACACAGGAGACUCUGACGGUGCAGCAGCGCUUUGGCUUGGGUUGUGUGUCCGGCGCCGUUGCUCACGCUGUCUUCUACCCUUUAGAGGUGUUGAAGGUGAGGUUAAACCUGCAGCAAGCUGGCACCUACAAUGGCGUCGCGGCAUGCGCCCGAUCUAUUUACAGACAGGAGUCAAUGUCCUCCUUUUACAGAGGAUUCAAGCCGAGCAUCCUCUGCAUGAUUCCCUACGCGGGGGUGGAGUGUGCAGUUCAUCAGUCGAUCAUGAACUGGGCGAAGAGCGAUCCGGCCUACAACAGUGACUCCAAACUGUUUUUCUUCAGUUUUGUGGCCUUUGCUUCUGGACAAAUGACCAGUUACCCGCUGGCAGUGAUCCGCACUCAGCAGCAGGCACAAGCUUUCAGCUCAGAUUCACGUCCAGCUUCAGGUGUGUUACAGGGACUCGUAGGGAUAUACGAAAGACGUGGAAUUAGAGGAUAUUACAACGGAAUGGGAGCCAGCUUCGUCAGGGCGAUUCCUUGUGCUCUGAUAAACUACACUUUAACUAGAAAAUUUGAAAAUCUGUUUUCUUCAACAGAAUCUUGAACGUGGUAAAGAGUUUUCUUUCUUUUGUGCUUCUGCUGCUUUAGGAACACAAAGAAAACAAAAACUGUGAACUCUUAAUCAUCCAAAAACAACUGGAAUCCUUUAAACUAAAAUGGCGCUGAGGGUCCAAUCUGCAGAAUUUACACUAUCAUGUGAAUCAUGAUACAUGUUUACUAACCAGGAGCAUGUUGACGUCUUUUAAUACAGCAUACCUCACUUAGUGCUGAAUAAUCUGAAAUUCACAAUGUGACCAAGUGUAAUAAUUGCCCUCUCUAACCUGGGCUGUGUAA